CGAGAGCUGCUGAUAUGAAACUCCUAUACUUUAUGCUUCUGUUGAUCUUUGGUGCCAUUUCUAGCGAUGACUACAAAACAUCAGGGAAAAAGGAGGGUACAAUUAUUUAAUUUUAUCAUAAAUAGACUUUAAUAAAGAUAUGGCAUUUCUUACAUCAAAUGCACAACUAAGACUUAACCUUUUCAUUAUCUUUUUCUGUAAUGGUGGUGUGAAAUGCAUACUGCACAAAACGAAAUUACAUUUUUUAUUUUUCCAUCCAUCCAUCCAUGCAUCUCAUCUAUGUUAUCCACUGGACUGUGGCUUAUUUCUUUAUUUCUUCUUAGUGAUGGCAGAGACAACUAAAAAAUCAGAGUGCAUCUUUCACAAGCUCAUGAUUUUGACUACAGAAACGGAUGUGGGGAAAAUUGUGUGUGAUUGCUCAAUAAUUAUGCUGAACAUCAACGAAAUCAAAUUUAAUUCAGCUAAAUUAAUCGGGCCAGAUAAAGUGAACAUCAAUGCGAACAUGAAAUUACAGUUUGACGGGCCAACCAUAACCUGUGAUCACGGGAACUUUCAUAUCACUGUAGUUAAGAUGGAUAUGAUGGACACCACGGAUCAGGGGCAUGUAAAGAUCUCUGCUCCAAAGGUGUCUGAUGAUGAUCCGCCCAUAGAUGUAUUCAUCCCUAGUGAACCAUUUCUGAAUGUCUCAAUGGAGCAGCGCAGAGUUGGUGUAGUGACAUAUCGAUCUGCCCAACAAUUUACAAACAACUCAAACACUGUGCUGAAGUCCAAAGUCAUUUGUGUUGAAACUCUUGGACUGGAGCUUAAAAACUUGUCCAAUCUACUUGUUAUCAAGUUUACAGUGAACAGUAGUGAAAUAAUACCCGGAACUCAUACCCUGUCAUGCCAGUUCUAUAAUAUAACAGAGCAAAAGUGGGAUGACAUGGGGUCUUUCACCAACCUGAGUAACUUUAACAGCAGCAACACUGUAACCUGUUCAUACAAUCAUAUGACCCCCUUCGCUGUACUUCUGGUUGACAUGAACGUUUUGCAAAUUGAUCGUGUGCAGUGGAAAAUCCUGUCCUAUGUUAGUUAUAUAGGUUGUAGUCUUUCGUUGUUUUUCUCAGCAGUCACCAUCCUCCUCUACAUUUGCACAAAGAGCUCAAACAAAGACAGUUCCAUGGGUAUCCAUGUGUCUUUGAGUGUAGCCCUUUUCCUCCUCAACGCCAGCUUCUUGUUCAUUGAAUGGGGAGCCACGUGGUCUCAAAAAAGUGCAUGUGUGUUAAUAGCUGUCAUAAUACAGUACAGCCUCCUGUCCUGUUUCUCUUGGAUGGCCAUUGAAGCCAUACACUUGUACUUUCUUCUAAUCAAAGUGUUCAACACCCACUUCAAGCACUACAUGGUCAAGCUGUCGCUGUUUGGAUGGGGCGUGCCCGUUGUCCUUGUUGGUGGAAGUCUGUGUGUGUAUGGUAGUAAACCUUUUUAUGGCACCACAGAAACAAAAUUAUCAGGCACAAAUGAAACAAUGCAAUUCUGCUGGAUUACUGAACCUCACUUUCUGUAUGGCAUGAACAUCACCUACUUCUGCCUAAUGUUCCUGUUCAACACAUCUAUUCUGCUGGCAGUGACGCACCAGAUCUUUAAGAUGCCUUGCUUGGACGUCCAAGAAAGUAAGCGUCCAUCUUAUAAGGACAUUUGCACUGUCCUGGGCCUGACUGUCCUGCUGGGAAUGACAUGGGGUUUGGCAUUCUUCACCGCAGGAUACACAAACUACCCCAUUUUAUACCUCUUCUGUAUCUGCAACACCCUGCAAGGGUUGUUUCUCUUCCUGUGGUUCUACGGUACAAUGAAGAAGAACAGGUGUCCGGUGGCACAAACCUCAACUCUGUCUGAACCCUGCGGUUCUACAAUGAAUACCUAUGAAAACAGGUUUACCCACUGAUCAGAUAUUACAUGUCAUUUAUUGUUGAUGUUGUUAUACAUCAUAUACUGAUAGAUAUAACGACAAGCACCGCAACAAGCUACACAAGUGAUCACAUGAUUUAAAACCUACUUCAUCACCUUACUCUGUAACCCAUCACGAGUUUCAUAACCAGUCACAGUUCACUUUUUUCCAUUGUGAGCCACAGAGUUCCUUAUUAUCGACAUAGCAAAAGUAAAUGAUGUCCAUUGUUUUAGAGAAAAUAUAGUGUGUGUGUGUGUGUGUGUGUAUAUGUAUAAUGGCCCAGUACAUUUUAAACUGAAUAAUUAUUAAAUCUCCAUCAGCUCUACUUUUUCUACACAGAUCUGAUCUUUUUGGUUUACAUACAUGUACGCUGAUCCUUAAACUAGCAGAAACAUCUGUUUGUAAACACGUUGUAUAUUAAUUAUUUUAUUUGUUGAUUAUACAGCGCUCUUAUACUUUAUUAAUCUGAUACUGUGUUUAAUUCAUAUUGUAAGGGUUUCUUUUGCCAUGUUGUUUCCUUUACUUCCUCCCAUGUUUCUGCCUUUUUGUGUUCCUCAAAAUAAAACCUGUUUUUUUA